AUGAUUUAUAUUCUUGACAGUAGCGUUUGCUUGCUACUGUCCGCAUUAAUUUUUGUUGCUAAAUCAACAACAUUCUAUCAAAACGAUUAUGAACCACGUGUAUUCGAUUAUAUUCCGUUGAAUUGUUAUGAUUGUUUAUCCUACCGUGAUAUUAUAUUAACACAAUUAACUGAAAUUCCAGCACAAUCAUUUGCGAAUUUUAAUUUAGGCUCGCGCGAUACAAAUAUGAUAUUGAAUGGACAACUAAAGCUAAAUUUUCAACCGUAUGCAUUUCAAUCGCUUGUUGUCCGAAAACCAAAUAGAACUUUAACAAUAACAUUUGCAGCACCAAAUUCAUGGUUGAACAUAACGGAAAAUACAUUCAAUGGUCUUGAUCUUCAGCCGCAUUCAACGUUACGUCUAAUUAUAAAAUUUUUCUAUGGUUGUACAUUUCAUAAAAAUUCAUUAUCCGGUAUUAAAAUGAGUAAACAUUCACGUUUAAUUAUUGACAUAUCGUCUGUAACUCAAAUUAUCUUUCAAAAUAACAUUUUCGAUCAAAAUGAUCUAUCGACAUCGAUUGAUUUUAUAAUAUCACGUACAGAUACAAUCCUCUUUGAGCCACAUUCAUUUUCCUCAUUAAAUAUUAAUUCUAAUCAAGUUGUAUCAUUUCAUUUUGAACUUAUAUCACAUAUAAAUUUAAAACGGUAUUCAUUUAAAUCGUUACAAUUACAUUCAUCAAGUUCAUUUCGUUUCUAUACAUUAUUUUUAACACGUUUAACUAUGGAUUCAUAUGCAUUUCAAAAUAUGUCUUUAGAUACGGAUUCAGUAUUUAAUUUUACAAUACACACACUAGCAACAUGUUUAUGUUUUCAAUCGUACACAUUUGAACAUAUACAUCAAAUACACGAGAGUCGAAAUAUAAGAAUUCUGUUUACAUUAAAUAAUCUUCGUGGUCUAUCGUUUUUUACGAAUGCAUUUUCAAAUUUAUCAUUGAAUCAUACAGAAAAUCAACUAACUAUUCUUUCGGAUAAUCCAAUAAACGAUCCAAAUCCAAUUAUAAAUUUUGAAAAAGAAUCAUUUCCAUCGAUAAAUUCAGGUUUAAUCCUAUUAAAUUUUUCAUCGACAACAGUAGUUAAAUUUGAACAAAAUUCUCUUCAAAAUAAUUAUUUAGCCUUUAAAAUUUACUUGAAAGAUAUAACAUUAGUUGACUUAUCAUUAUUAAAUUUCAAUCUUCUUAAAACAAAGAUGACCAUUCAUUUUGAUUAUGUCUUUUAUGUUAAAUGGUUUCAAGCUGUUGAGAAAAAUUUCCUUAAUAUUCAAUCAUUAGCUCAGUUUUAUUUUAAUUAUAUUUCAAAUAAUUCGUGCCUUAUCUAUGAAGCUCCACGUUUUCCACCGUGGUUAUUUUCGAAUUCGAAUACAACAAUAUGUAAUUGUCCAUUACUUGCUGCUAAUAAACAUGGCAAACUAGAUGGACAAAUAAUUCCCUGCAUACGUUCAAUGUCCGGACAUGAAACAGCUCAGAAAAUGGAUGAAUGCGAUUUUGAACGAAAAGAAAUCGGAUGCCAUUCAACACUUGAAUCUUUAACGGAUCUACGUAAUAAUACCACGCCACAUUCAAUGAUAUCAAAUUCAUUGGACAUUGAUAAUUUUUUAAUACAUCAAUUGUACGAUAAAAAUUAUCUUUCAUGCUCAUUUAAUUAUUCAUUAUUUCGAUCGCCGUUUAUUAUUCGUUCGCGUUUAUUUGAUAAUAUUGGCCUUAUCAUUGGUAUUAUUCUUGGCGUAUUUAUUAUUUUACUCAUUCUUGUUAUGGCAUUACUGAAUGGUUUACAAUAUAAAAUACGAGAAUAUGAUGAAACAUGGACGUGGCGACGAAACAUGUCUUGGACAUCGUUACGACGAACGCUAUCGCAAACAUCGUUGAGACGUUCAAGACGAGAUUUACGUACAACUACUGAAAAUGUUAUAACAUCGAAAUCAGAUAAUCAACUUGAUCGUUUAAGGUACGAACACGCCGAUAGUGAUGAUCAAGAAUUAGACAGUGGAUUUAUUCAAACAUCGUACAUGAAUUCAUCUAUACAGGAGAACUUGAAGAAACAUAAUCAAAUAUAA